CCCGCGGCGGCGGCCAUGGCGAAAGGCAGGGUCGGGGAGCGGGCUGAGGAGGUGGCGGCGGCCACGGCGGGGCCGCGGGAUCCCCAGGACCAGGCCCUCGGAGACUCCCUGGAAGUAAAAGCUAAUGCAGAAGCUGGAUCAGCACGGAUGUCUCUUCUUAUACUGGUGUCCAUUUUCCUGUCUGCUGCUUCUGUUAUGUUUUUGGUAUAUAAGAAUUUUCCUCAACUUAGUGAGGAAGAAAGAGCAAACAUGAAGGUUCCCAGAGAUAUGGAUGAUGCCAAGGCACUAGGAAAAGUUUUAUCCAAAUACAAGGACACCUUUUAUGUACAAGUACUUGUAGCUUAUUUUGCUACAUAUAUUUUCUUGCAAACAUUUGCUAUUCCAGGGUCUAUAUUUCUCAGUAUUCUCUCAGGGUUUCUUUAUCCCUUUCCAUUAGCCUUAUUCCUUGUUUGUUUGUGCUCUGGACUUGGCGCCUCCUUCUGUUACAUGCUUUCGUAUUUGGUUGGGAGACCAGUGGUAUACAAGUAUUUAACAGAAAAGGCAGUGAAAUGGUCACAGCAGGUUGAACGACAUCGAGACCAUCUCAUUAACUACAUAAUAUUUUUGAGAAUAACUCCUUUUCUGCCUAACUGGUUUAUUAAUAUAACAUCUCCUGUUAUAAAUGUACCAUUAAAAGUAUUUUUUAUUGGUACUUUUCUAGGUGUUGCACCGCCAUCUUUUGUAGCAAUCAAAGCAGGAACAACACUCUACCAGCUUACGACAGCAGGAGAAGCUGUUUCCUGGAACUCAGUAUUUGUCCUGAUGAUUUUAGCAGUUCUCUCUAUUCUGCCAGCUGUCUUCCAGAAAAAAUUGAAACAGAAGUUCGAGUAACAAAGCACUUCGCUUUUAAUUUCCCUGUAUUUUCAUCUCAGGAUCUGCAGUUCCAUAUUUUUCUGUUUUGAAAUCAUCUCUUCACCAAUGGAAAAAGAGAACAUUUUCCUAUCAAACAGCUGAGGGAAGGCAUUCUAAGUGGCGAGGAAGAAGAGGAAUUAAAAUGGGAAUUAGAAAAGGACAUUGAUUUACUUGCUCUUGGUGGGUAGGGAAACGCUAACUUCUAAAUGAAUACCUAGCCAGUAACUGCGGACAAGUAUUAAUGGCAGGUUGCAGACACCUCUUCAUCUAAACCCGUAGAGCUAAUCUAGCUGUUGUAAUCCCAGGACCUGGCUACACUUAUCCCUGACUUGGUAAUUGGGGCUGUUGAUUUUCCCUUCUCCCUUCCCUCUCUUUCCCAAGUGAUAACCUAAUGGAUAUGCGACAGUACUUGCUGGAAAACAAAAGUGUUAAUAUUCCUGUUGAGAUCAGCCUUUUUUACAGACCAUCAACUGGGAAAAUGAGACUGACAUGCUAUGGUUCUUAUUUUUUCCCCUCUUAGGUUUGUGCUGAUGGAUUUGUUUAAAUACAGGCCCUUGGAAGAUUGAGGAAUUCAGUUAGGAUAUCAAGUUUUUCUACUUUUGUGGGGUUUGAUUUUUGUUGUUUUGUUUUGAAUUUUUAUCAUGAAUUAGUUUGAAUUUUAAAAUUCUGACCUCAACUUGUUUUGUUCUCUUUAAACUAGUUUUGCCAAUAUUUCAGUUGUGCCUGUAUACUAGGGUGAUCAAAAUUAAUGGCAAUAAUUUCUAUCCAAAUAAUAAUAUUUUACAAUACUAUUCCUCUUUGAAAACUCAAAAGAGGGUUUCCAAAGCCUCACUCUAAAUGCAGUCUGAAGGGGGUAGAAAAAUUAUACUGUUUUGAUUUUUAGGGACGAAAACUUAGUGCCUGUACACAUCUUCACUGGUAAAUAUGAUAAAUUGGUUAAAUUAAUUAUGGAAUUUUCAUUCUUAAUUUAUUAGUCUGGUAUGUUAUAUAAUUACAUUUUAGUGCAUGUUAUACUUCCAAGGCUAUGUUUUUUGUACCCAAUUGGUAGCUUUUUGUUUAUGGCUGCUUUAGAUCAAUGCAGUUUUCAAAUCGAGUGCUUUAUUUUGUCUUAAGCCACCAAAUAAAAAAGAACACUGUCUCUCAAAUGGUAACAACUCUAAUUAGGUAGCACUGGAAAAAACUGCUCGCUGCUUGCUGCUUGUUUGCAAUGCCUCUGAUUCUGGGCUUUGCCAUUCCACAAGGUUUUGUCAGUUUUAUUUUCCCAGGAGUUUGUCGUUACAUUAGAGUCUACUUUAGAAACAAGAGAAACCCUAUAUUAUUAUUAUUUUUUUUAAAUUUAGAAAUAUGUGGUCAUCUUUAAAACCUGGUUUCUAUAACAUAAUGUGGAUUAGUCCAUUACUUUUUCUGUCACAGUAUUAACAAAUGAAUUUAUUGUAAAUACACAGAAAAUAUAUUAACAUAUACACAUCAUUGCUUUAUGUGAUCUGAUUUAAUUUUGUUCAUAGAAAAAGCUUCCUUUCUUGUUGCUCUUAGACCACACAACAACAAUUUGAGUAUUUUUACAUAAAAGAAUCUAAAACAUACUUUAUGGACGAAGCAAAACUAAUUUAAAAUACGACAGAGUAAAUUUUUACUUCAAAAUAUGAACUUGAAUUAUAAUUUAUGAGCUUAGACUUGACAGAGCAGUGAAGCUUCCCACGACUGAUUUUGUCAUCAGAAGCCCUUAUAACCGUUGGCUUUUCAGAGUUAUUUUGUCGUCAUUAACUGUUUAGUUGCUUCCUUCUCUUGUUGACCUUUGUAUAGUAGAUGAAUAUGCCUGCUACUUUCAGUUCAAUGUUUGUUUUUUUUUUUUCCCAAGAAUGUCAUUGACUUCAAGCCAGUAGUUGUAGAUUCCUUUUCAGUGGCUGCUAGGAAGGUAUCUUUGAGCAUGUUUUACUGGGGGAAAAUAUAGCCAGUAGCAUGCAAAGGCCCCUUCACAAAUGUGGCUUUUCUGGAAGACUUGUUCUAAUGCCCCAAAAUAAUAAAGUCCAGUUGGCACAAGUUUCAGUCCUUUGGAGGGAGAGAGCUGCCAUGAAACAAAUGGGAAUGUAAGACACUAACUUACCACGUGAGAUGGCAUUCACUUGGUAAAGUAGACUGUCUUUGGAAUUGUUGUAUUAUGUUUUGUGUACAAUAUUUUUAAGAUACUCAGUGUAAGCUAAACUGUGAUGGGAAUAAAACACUUGAGAAAUAUCA